GGAAUUAGCUGCUACUUAUGCAUGGAAAACGGCAGAGAGUUCAAUGCGAAUGUCUAGGAAACGAUCCCUUCCCAAAGUGCCAGAAACCCUUCAAGCACUAGGCAACCAAUUUAAUGCUGGGUUAUUACAAAGAUUUGAAGCUUGUGGUGAAUUCAUAUAUAAAGGUUGUGUAGAAGAUACUUUGGGAAAUCAUUGUAUAGUUUUAGCUUCCCAAGUAUUAAUUAACCGCACAAUGGAAAUGGAAGUCACAGAAAUUCAUGUGGACGCGACAUUCAAAGUGGUCCCAUCCACACCGCAUUGUUACCAGCUGUUAGUUAUACAUGCCAUGGUAGAUAAACAUAGUAUACCUUUAGUGUAUGUUUUGAUGGAGAGAAAAACUACACAGUCAUAUGAUGUAGCUCUUCAAUUCAUCAAACAUAAUUUACUACCAGACUUUAGGCCAACUGUUAUUGUGACAGAUUUUGAAACCGCUUUAAGGGAAAUGCUUAUAAGGCAUUUUCCAACUGCAACUGCUCAUGGUUGCUGGUUCCAUAUCAACCAAGCAGUAUGGCGAAAGAUGAAAAAGCUUGGAUACUUACAAUUAGUAAAUAACAAUGAAUUAGCUUUAAAAACACUCAAAAUGCUCAUGGUUCUACCGUUACUUCCUGCUCGAAGAAUUGAGGAAGGCUUUAUUGACAUUAAACAAUAUGCGAUUGUUCAUCAUGUUAAUUUACGCAGAUUAUUUAAUUAUUAUGAACGAUUUUGGUUGCGCAAAAUAGGUGCUCCAUUGAUAUCAGUGUACAAAAAAAAAUUUAGGACCAACAACAACGUUGAGUCCUUCCAUAAUAAAUUAAGGCAAACAUUUCAGACUUCUCACCCAAAUAUUUGGGCAUUUUUAAGUAACAUUUGCAAACUUAAUGACUUAUAUUUAAUAAAAAUCAAUCAACUUGAUAAUGGUUUGGCUAUCUCGCGUAAUACGCGUUCAAAAUAUGUGGCCAACGAUUUACGCAUUAAAACUGCAAGUAGACAACUUCGCCAAGGCUUGAUAACCAUAAGAAUGUUUCUGUUAAAAUGCUCCUAUAGUGUAGCCAGUUAUGAGGAGAGGAUGCGUGCAAUGGUAUUAAUGCAAAAUAUUAAUGAAGAAAAUGCACCUAAUGGUCAGGGUGAACAAAACGAUGAAGAACGUGUCUUUGAAUAUGAUGAAUUUGUUGCAAAUGUUAUGUCACCAGAAGGUCAGGGUGAACAAAACGAUGAAGAACGUGUCUUUGAAUAUGAUGAAUUUGUUGCAAAUGUUAUGUCACCAGAAGGUCAGGGUGAACAAAACGAUGAAGAACGUGUCUUUGAAGAUGAUGAAAAUGAUUUUAUUAUCCCAGAGGAUAGAGAAAUGAAUAUUUGGCAACAAUUAUUUAUGAAUGAUUCUGAUGAAGAUGUACAUGAUAUACCAUUUGUACAAGUACCUCAGAACUUGGGGGAACUUUAUCCACCCCACUACGAAUGGAUUGAUUUGCCGUAA